GAAAGACCCGAUUUAGCAGUGUUUUAACACAAGCAUGAUGCUAUAUCGCCGAUCCACAGGUUCGCUGAGCGCUCUUUCUGCCGCAAUCCUGACAAUUGGUAUGACGUCCUCAAUCACGCAGACAACGUCAUAAAAGCCAGGCUGAGAAAGAUGAUAUCACAUUGGGCUUGAUGAGAAACAGUAUGAUAGUUCAGCAAGAUGCGCAAGAGCUCAUGACUCGACUUCUGGGGUGGGGAUGUGGUGAAAGCGUCGAAAAUAAUGACCGCCGACACAAUCAGUAUAAAGCUUUGUUUCACACCGUGUAUAGAGAGGCGCGGGAAUUCAGCGAAUGCAAAAACGGCGAGACGAGCACAGUGGUAGAUUUCGGCCAACGAGUCACACCACUUACCUCGGGCCAUGACACACUCGAAGCUGCUUUUACUCGGGCCAUGACAGCACAUGCCUUUUUCUCGAACAGCGACCCCGAAGGCAAUAAAGGCAAGGACGACCACGUCAAGUGUCCAAUACGUAAAAAGCAGUCUGUCAACCUCCACUCACCUAUACGCAUACGGAGUGCUCCCGAGUACAUGUGCAUCCACGUCAAUCUGUUCGCCAGGAACAGUUACGGCCAGCCGAUCAAGAAUCGCAACUCGAUGCGCAUCCCCGACAUGCUCGACCUCACCCAACAUGUCGAGACAGUCGACAACCACCCAGCCGCACCGCUACGCUACAAACUCAUCGACGUCGUCUAUCAAGUGGGCGAGCAACUGAGUUCUGGUCACUAACCCGAGCCAGCCGAAGGCAGCGAAUCCGCAAAUCUACUGAACCAGUAUCUCUUGAAUGACAGGUACGUCCACCCGUGGCGCAAUGCUGCUCAGACGAACAUAUUAACAGGAAUCCUGCGGGCUUCGAUGAGAAGAAGGUACCAAAAUACGACCCAUACCUGUUAUUUUACGAGUAUAUUUCCAACGGCAGGAAAAAAGUCAAGCCAUUCACAGCCAUCGAUGAGGAG